AUGAAGAUUACCAACUUACCAUGCGAGAUUGUCGCGGAAAUUCUUGGCCAGCUCGACAAGAUGCAGGACCUUAAAGCUCCUCUGCUGUCUUGUCGGUUGUUCUACAAUGCAUACACCCAACGGCCUCGUCUCGCCCAGCAAAUCGUUCGGAAACAGAUACCCACGCAGCUGCUACCCUAUGCAGUCGCAUUGAUCUAUGCACCGCGAGCUCGUAAAUUUGCACUUAUGUUCAAUACCCUCAACUUGACAACUGAGGAUGCAGAUACGUUGGUCUUCAGCUCCACGUUUGAAGGCGCUGUUGCAUCGACAAGAUGUUUCCAAACAUUCUCGCUUCCUCACCUGUUGGCUAUGGAAGCAGCCCACGAGCUCAUUGCCGAAUUCGCAUCCCAUUUUGCCGAAAAAGCCUGGACCGCCGUCUCGGACACAUUGAACGACACGACGUCCACGAAGUCGAUGCCGAGUCACCUGGAUCUAUCCCAGAAAGAGUGGCUCCGCUUCUGCCGAGGCCGAUUGAACCUUGAGGCAUGCAUGCUGGCUGAUCUUGCACUCUGGGAGAUCGAGCAGCUAGGUGCAGCGAUGGAGUAUCUGAGCGAUCGAUUCGUGGCAGCUGCAGCAGGAGCUUUAGCCAACGACGUUAUCGAGCAUCGCUUUGCAGAGGCUUGCGAGGCUCGGCAUAACACCAAGCUGGAUGCAUCAUGGCAAGAGCUGAACUUAUCGGAUAUCGACGGUGAUGAAGGACCUCGAAAGGCGCUAGACUGUAUCGCGCCCCAUCAUGUGAUGGAAAUCGGAUUGGAAGGCCUCAGGAAGCGGGCAUACGUGUUUUGGGACCAAGAACGCUUGGAAAAGUACGACUUUUUCUCAGUAAUCUCAUCCAGCACCCCUUUCCGCGGCGUCAACAGCUGA